AUGGAGAUCCAAUUAAUAAUACCCUUCAACUUGAUCAGUCUCCUCAUAUUUCCAUCUUUGAUAUUCUUAGUAAUGAAAGCACUGAAGAAACCGAAUACCCCAACGAAAAAUGAGAAACUGCCGCCGAGCCCGCCGGAGCUGCCGGUGAUCGGCCACCUCCACCACAUAGUGGGCAGGGGGCUGGCCCACCACGCGCUCCGUCGAGUAGCCGAAAAGUACGGACCGGUGUUACAUCUGAAGCUCGGGCAAGUGUCGACGGUGUUGAUCUCAUCGGCGGAGGCAGCGAAACAGGUGCUGAAAGAUCAGGACCCGGGGUGCGCGGGCAGACCGGAAAGCAUCGCCCUUAAGAUAAUGUGGUACGAUUACACAGACCUGGCUUUCAGUCCGUACAACGAGUACUGGAGGCAGAUGCGAAGGAUCUGCGUCGUAGAACUCCUCAGCGCGAAAAACGUGAAAUCGUUCGGCUCCAUCAGGCAGGAUGAGGUGUCAAUUCUCAUCAAAUCAAUCAAGAAAUUGUGCGGCGGGGAGCCCAUAAAUCUGACGGAGAAGGUGUUCGGGAUGAUAAGUUCGAUCACUUGCAGGGCGGUGUUCGGUGAGGUGCUCAAGGACCGUGACUCGUUGGUGUACUUGAUGAAGGAGGGUCUUUCCAUGGCCGGAGGGUUUCAGCUGGUGGAUCUUUUCCCUUCUUGGAAGCUUCUGAAUAUUCUCAGUUGGAGCAAUAACAAGUUGUGGAGGAUGCGACGCAAGGUGGAUUUAGUUCUUGACGCCCUCUUGGAGGAGCAUAGGUUGAACAAGAGCGGUGAGUUCGGCGGUGAAGACAUAGUUGAUGUUCUUAUCAGGGUGCAGAGAAAUGGGGAACUCCAGUUUCCCAUCACUAACGACAAUAUCAAAGCUGUCAUCUUUGAUAUGUUUUCGGCGGGAACUGAAUCAUCGUCGUCGGCAAUAGAUUGGGCAAUGGCGGAGCUGAUGAGAAACCCUAGGGUGAUGGAGAAGGUACAGAGAGAAGUAAGAGAGGGUUUGAAGGGGAAGAAGAGGGUGGAUGAUAGUGACGUAGAGGGGCUGAAAUACCUGAAACUAGUUGUGAAAGAAACUCUCCGGCUACACCCUCCGAUCCCGUUGCUACCAAGAGCAUGCAGAGAAGAAGGAGUCAAAGUCAACGGGUAUUCAAUCCCUAUCAAUUCCAGGGUCAUGAUCAGCAUAUGGGCCAUGGGUAGGGACCCGCUUUAUUGGGACGACCCGGAAACAUUCCAACCUGAGAGAUUCGAAAACAGCUGCAUCGAUUUCACGGGGAAUAGCUUCGAGUACCUUCCGUUUGGGGCGGGGAGAAGGAUUUGCCCUGGUAUGAACUUUGGAUUGGCAAGUGUCGAGCUCCCAUUGGCUCAAAUUCUCUACCAUUUUAACUGGACUUUGCCCACAGGGAUCAGUUUCGACCAUGUAGAUAUGACAGAGCAAGAAGGGAUUACUGUCUCUAGAAAGAAUCGUCUCUUCUUGGUUCCCACACUCUACAAUCCUUCCAACUAAAAGUUCAUUUAAAUCUGCCAGUCUUUUCUUUUCUGUAUUUUCUAUUUCACUUCGUGAACAAGGUGUACGUGCGUUGAACUU